AUGCCACCACCUCCACCGCCACCACAGCUACAAAUGUUUCCUAAGAUGGUGAGAGAAUUUGAGAUGGGUAGCAACCCACCCUAUGCUAGCAUAUCUGCGAUGUGGAGGUCUCUUGGCAAAAAGAAACCCCAGGACGCUUCUGCAAUCAAGGGCAAGGUGGUGCCUUUGUCAGCUAGAAAUGCCAAGGCCAGCAUGGCUAAGGAAGGAUCUAGAACAAUCUUUGGUGGCCAACACCAUUCGAGCCAAACCCUGGCGAGCGUUGAAUUUGUUAAAGACAUGAUGGAACAAAUCAGUCCCGACUGCUCCUAUGAAUACGUGCUAGGCAAGGAAUUCCUACCUGAUUUUGCCCUAGAAUGCAACAAGAGAUUGUAA